UAAGGACGAUAUAAAAAAAAAAAAAUUGUUAGUUGUCAUUGUCAAAAAAAUGUAAACAAAUAACAAUCCAUAAUUUAAAAACAAAUUUUAUUGUAAAUUAUUAUCAAACCUCUGAGAAUUGAAUUGAAUCAAAAAUUAUUAACUAUGGCUUCUAACAUAGAAGAAUUUGAGUCAUCCACACCAGAACAAGAAGCAAGAACUAAACUACGAGACUCAUUCCUAAGGGCUUUACAUGAAUUGAGUGGGCAACAAUGCAGUAUUUUAACAUAUGAGAAGAGCACACUAAAUGCAACACUUACAAGUUGGGAUCCAGACGGACAUGAGAUUCUAGUUAAGGAUUUGCAGACUCCAGCACACAUGAAAAUGGAAACGGCAUUACUCAGAACUCCUGAUAUUUUAGCGUUACAAUUUGACAAAUCUGUUUAGUUUGAGGAAAAUAAAUUUAAAUAAAUAUUUUU